UGUCAUGUGACCUCAAUAACAAACCCAGCUGCCGGUUUGAUGUCUGUGUGCGGAAACGUCUCCUCGAGUUGCUCGGUUAGCAUCCAGCUAACUGUGUCGCUGUGUGUUUAAUGCAGCUGUUAGCUGGGUUGUUAGCCUGGAUUCGUUUGUUGUCAUGGAGCCGCAAGGCAGCGUGAACGCAGACCCUGAUGACAGUGAUGGUGAGGGUCGUUGCACAGGAUGGCGCAACUGGUCUGGGUUUUGGUUGCUUGGAUUGUGCAACAACUUUGCUUAUGUGAUAAUGCUGAGCGCUGCACACGACAUCCUCAAGAAACAAGAGUCUCACAAAACCACAGCAUCUACAGAAGCCACAUUGGCCGUGGAUUUCCAAGGUGGGAACAGUAGCAACAGUAGCCGUUAUGACUGCAAUCCUGUCUCUACUGCGGCGGUGCUGUUGGCUGACAUCCUCCCAACGCUCGUCAUCAAGCUUUCUGUCCCUUUUGUCAUCCACAACAUGCCGUAUGGGAUCCGGGUGUUGUUCUGUGCCACCAUGGCAGCGGCGAGUUUCCUCCUCGUGUCCUUAUCAUCAGCUGUCUGGAUCAGCAUCCUUGGAGUGAUCUUUGCCAGUAUCAGCGCUGGACUGGGAGAAUUGUCCUUCCUCUCUCUCACUCACUUCUACACCAGGGAUGUGCUGGGAGGUUGGGGUUCAGGUACAGGUGGUGCUGGUGUGGCUGGAGCCCUCCUCUACUCGGUCCUUACCCAGGUUGGCCUGUCACCUCAGGUCACAGUUCAAAUUAUGCUGGUGGUCCCAUUUGCGAUGUUGAUCAGCUACUUUGCCGUGCUGGUUCCUCCACCUUCAUUACCUCAGUGGAAAUCCAGAAGGACAGAGUAUGCAGCCGUGGGCUCAGAGGAAAACCGGGGGCUGAUAGAUGGUGCAGAGGAAGAGGAGGAGGACAGAUCAACCCCAGUAACAGAGGACGUGAGCACUGGGCCUCUCACCUUCACAGAGAAACUGCACAUCAUCAAAGGCUUGUUGAAGUUUGUGCUUCCGUUGGGACUGGUCUACUUUGCUGAGUACUUCAUCAACCAGGGCUUGAUGGAACUCCUGUAUUUCCCAAACUUUUUCCUGUCCCAUGCAGAGCAGUAUCGCUGGUACCAGACAUUGUACCAGGUUGGUGUGCUGGUCUCUCGAUCCUCCCUGUGCUGUGUGAAGAUCAGAAACCUGUGGGCUCUGUCUUUGCUACAGGUGGUUAAUGCGGUGUUGCUUCUGUUUGCCGUACGUUACCUAUUCUUGCCCAGUGCCUGGCUGGUGUUUGCCAUUGUCCUCUAUGAGGGUCUGCUGGGUGGUGCUGCGUAUGUCAACACCUUCUACUUCAUCAGCAAAGAGAGUGAAGACCGACACAGGGAGUUUGCCAUGGCUGCUGCCAGCGUAGGAGACAGUCUGGGUAUAGCUCUGGCUGGACUUGCUGCUUUCCCUAUCCACAGAUACUUCUGUUCCCUGUGACCCAGCCCACACACUGACAAGCAGGAUGAAUAAGCAAGAUGUGGGUGGAUUCCAGUUAAGGGAUUUUUUUUUAUCUGAAAUGAAAAGACAGACUUCACAUCUGCAUAAUUCUGACUCCACAAACUCAGGUUUAGGUGCAGUCUGGGUUCCAGGGUCUGGUGGUGAGGGGAGUUUAUAGGUUUUUAUGAUUCAGAGGGAUAUGAUACAAUUAUAUAAUGAUUCUUGGUGUGUUUGAGGUUAUUUAAAAAAAAAGAUUCAGAACAGGUUAAUUGAUUUAUUUAAACAAAAAACAAAAACGUAACUAACUACUGUUUCUAGAAACGGCAGUAAAGUUUACUACAGCAGAAGUCACGACUAAUUAAAUCAUCUGUCAGUGGAAACAAAUGUCAGUUAGUAAAAUAAAUAAUAUUCCUGAGUGAAGUUUAGAGAUGAUGAAUAAAACCGACAUGAGUCAGCAUCCAUCAUCCCUCUGCUGCUACUGUGAUUCCCAGUAUCACUCGUAAAGAGAAAUGGUUUGUAUUGGACUGUAACUGAGUUCAUAAGAAUUUUCCUCAGUUCCAUUUGUGACAAACUAAGAUAAACUGUACGUAUAGAUGAACAACAAAUGUACUCUUCCUUGCACUAUCCUGAAAUUAAGCCAGAAUAUCCUGCAUAUGAACGCUGCCAUUCCGCACAUCUGCACAGUUACAAUCAGGGGAUGGGGCCACGGUAUCCAGUCUCAGCUCUCAAUCAUGAUGUUUCACCCGGUUUCUUUAGCGUCGAAUGAUUUAAUUAAAACCAAACUUACCAGGGAAAUGUAGACUUCAACCAAAACGAGUGUGAUGAUAACUACAUAAAAUGAAAAAACCUUCUUUGAGAAAUAUGUAUUUAAAGUGUACUUUGAUUUUUUAAGUUUGGUCCAUGUUCCAUUCACUAACAAGGAGGAGGCAAGCUUUAUGCCCUAUAAUGCACCCAGAACCUAGGGGGCAAUCAAGACACUGUGGUCUUACUCUAAAUGGGGGCUGGCAUUUGGAUAGUUAGAUUAGCUUGUGUGUUACAUUUUGCUAUCGGCCUAACAAGUGCAGAGUUGCGGUGGUAACCAACAACUGCAGACGAAUCUACUUUUUUAUGUCUGUUCUUUUUACCGAGUUGACAUAGAGCUGAGAGAAAAGUUGCCUUAACUUCACCGCAGCCUGACGCAAGGUUAGGUUAGGUCAUCCUUUGAGUAGCAGUGAUCAGAGCAUGUGACUCGUGAUUUGCUUACUUAGCUCAUUGUGUUGGAGUUUUGCCUGUUCGUACGGACUGCACAGACAGCCAGUAACCUGCAGAGAAAGAGCCCGCUGCUUAUGCUGACAUGAAAGUGCUGAGAAUGUUGACGGCUUGUUUUGCACAAACUUCAGUGACAAAUUACUGCCACUGAAAAAAGAAACACAAGGCUUCACAUGAGAAAAGAAAUACAGCCUGAACACCACUUUUCUUUGAGAACACUUCUCUGUUAACAUGCUAGGGGACAAAACCUGUGUUUUGACAAUAAGUCAUUUUAAAUGUCAUAUCUUAUAGUGAUUGUGUGAGAUGUUUAAUCUUUAUGAUACAAUUUUAUUACAUUUCAACUUGGUGUCCUCAAUUCUGGGGCACAAUCCAUGAGUUAAACCAUGUAACAGGAUCAUUUUUGACUUGUAGUAACAGAAUAACUGAAAUUAAAAGCUUUAAAACUUAAAACUGCUUCAUUAACAACAAAACUAAAACAGAAAUCCACUCAGAAGUUAAAAGCAGUACAUCUGCAUACACACAUGACCUUUGUAUUCGUAGAACAUGGCUGAAUUAGGCUGUUGCAUAAGUAACUGACCUUUGUUUUACCUGUAAGUAACUGUUACUAUUUCACUGUCAUGACUAAAGUAACCAUAUAUGCCUUUUACUGUUUCUCCUAAAGUUUUAUCAACAUGUGUCUUAACAUGUGGCACUGUAACAAUCUGGAAUACAAUGUACAGAGAUUAAAAAAGAUGUUUAUUUUAUACUGAAAUGAAGACACUGAAUGUGUGUAUUAUCAAAAUAUACAAAACGGGGAACAGUUUUUAUGUCACCAUCACCAGGACACUUUUAUAGUACACUUGUUUUGGCUCGAGUUCUUCACCAAAAACACCAAAGAUCUUUCCGGCUUUCCCAAAGUAAUACGAGUUUAAAAUGUCAUAAUGGUUUAAGAGCUUGCACAGAUGUGUUUCAUAUCCUGAAAUACAUAUUCCAUAAACACACAUGCAUAUUCCUAAUAAACUCUUCAAUUACCAACAUUUGACACGAUACUGCUGCUGCUGCUGAAUUGUUAAAACUGUUACAAUGUGAUGAUAUGUUACAACGAUGUACGGGUUUGAACCAAUGUUAACAUAAUUAAAGAAUGUUGAAGUUUA